AUGGCUCCUCUCCGCCACUUCAUCACGGGCGACUUCGAGAAGCGCACGGUGUUCCUGCCGGACAAGGAGUACGGCCUCGCGCUCGACGCCCUCGUCAAGGGCUGCGCCGACGUGCUCAUCACGUCCGGCGCGGGCCCGUCGCUGCGCAUCCUGCUGGGCAAGCGCCGCGUGGAGCCCCAGCCGGACUGGUGGUUCGUCGGCGGGCGCACGCGGCCCGGCGACACGCCCGCCGAGGGCGCGGCGCGCAACGUGAAGCGCGAGCUCGGGCUCGCGCUCGACCCGGCCCGCUUCGCGGCCGUCGGGACCUACAGCUUCGUCUGGCGCCUCCGCGCGCAGGCGCCCGCGACGAACGGCACCGCGGACGUCUCCACGGUCUUCGAGCUCCACCUCGCCGACGACGAGGCGGCGGACCUGUCGCCGGCGCGCUUCGACGCCGAGGAGUACGCCGACGCCGCCUGGACGCGGCCCGACGCCGUGCUCGCCGGCGACUACCACCCGGCCCUGCAGCAGGCCGUCCGCGACCUCCUCGCGCGCCGCGCCUACGGGGCCCUGCGCGACGCGGCCGCCGACGCGAGCGCGGGCGCGGGCGCCGUCGCGGCCGCCGCGACGGCCUACGUCGCCUGGCGCGAGUCCGCGCCGACGGACGGGUGCAAGGUCCGCUUCGAGGACGGCGCGUACGUCUUCGUGGACCCGGCGACGGGCGCCGCCGCGCCGCGGCCGGCGACGGGCGCCGCCUACUGGGCGCGCUGGAAGCUCCUCGCGGACGCGCGGGGCGCCGCCGCCCCGCGCUGGGGCCUCGCGGUCCUCGGGCUCGCGGCGUCGACGCGGUGGCAGCCGGCGCGCUUCACCGUGACGCGGCAGCACUGCGCGACGAUGAAGGGCACCAUGGCGUCCUCGUCGCCAGAAGAGACCGAGGCGCGCAAGGCCAACAAGGCGGCCGGCGAUGCCGCGUUCGCGGACGACGACGACGACGACGACGACGACGACGACGACGACGACGACGACGAGCAGAUGGAGCGCGCCCCGAUGCCGUGGCCGACGCCCCGGCCGACGCCCGCGCCCCGGCCCGCGACGGCGCCGCCGACGCAUCGGCCCACGCCCCGGCCCGCGCCCCGGCCUGCCGGCCCCGAGGAGGAGUGCUUUGCGCUCCAGGCGACGCACGGCGUCAAGCCCGCCAUGACCUGGGGCACCCUGGACCGCAAUCCGUCCUCGUUCCGCCGCUGGAAAGAACUCGGCUGCGGCGGCGUCGUCGAGCGGGCGGCGAACGCCGCGGCCGACGCGGCGGCCGACGCGGCGCGCGAGGUCUGCCCCAAGUCCGCAGACCCGAAGCCGCUCAUCGCGGUCUGCUCCGGCACGACGACGCGCCAGAAGGGCGGCUGGAUCACCCCGCGGCCCGGCCACCUCGAGGACCUCGCGGCGUUCCAGUACCUGCUGCCGUCGUUCAAGCGGACCGCCGAGUGCGGCUUCCGCUACCUCGUCGUGCUCGCCUACGACGUCGGCGACCAGUUUUGGGACCGGGGCGACGGCGUCGCCCGCGCGCGCGCGUGGUUCGAGGCGUCCAUCGCGACGCCGCUCGCGGCCGCGAAUAUGGACGUCGAGCUCCGCUUCGUGAAGGUCGACAACGCGGUUAAAAAGCCGGGCCCCGUCUUCGCCGCGAUGACGCGAGCCGCCUACGCGGCUUGGAAGGCCGACUACAUCUACCGCGUCAACGACGACACGGAGUUCAAGACCAAGUGGGCGCGGCCCUUCGUCAACGCGCUCGCGUCCAUGGGCAACGUCGGCGCCGUCGGCCCGCUCUGCCGCCAGGGCAACACGGCGAUCCUCACGCACGACUUCACGCAUCGCACGCACAUGGACAUCUUCGACGGCGCCUACUACCCGCCGGAGCUCAGCGACUGGUGGAUGGACGACUGGAUCACGGGCGUCUACGGCAGUUUGCGCACGCUCAUGGGCGACCGCGUCGAGGUAAUCCACCACACGGGCAAGCACGGCCAGCGCUACGCCGUCGACUUCGCCCACGAGAAGCUCGUCAAGCAGCUCAUCGCCGCGGGCCACGCCCGGGUCGAAUCCUUCGUCGCCGCGCGCGACGCGCCGCCCCCCGGGAACCCGCCGCCGAGCUUUCGGCGCUUCCGCCUCAAGUCGCACGGCGGCUUCCAGCGGCGGCGCCGCCUCCGAGCCGCCGGCCGCGACUCGGUCUCAUAG